AUGGCAAGUGUUGGUAAUGAAGUUCUUCUUAUUGAGAAUAAUGAUGAGGCUUUUGUUUGGACUCAAAGGAAUGAAGAAAUUCUCAUUGAACUCAGGGAAGAAGAAGUUUUAAAGGGAAAUAAGAAUAACACAACCUUUACAAAGCAAUCGUGGAAACAUAUAACGGAAGAGCUUUGUGCACGAGCAAAAAGAAAUUAUAGUGAUAUGCAAGUAAGGAACAAAUACAACCAAUUAAAGAAAAAACAUAAGGAUUUUAAGUCCUUACUGAAAGAGACUGGUAUGGGAUACAAUGCAGCGACUGGAGAAGUUAGUGCGACUGAUGAAGUUUGGGAUAAACUUAUUUGGGUUAACAAGUCUACUAAAAUAUUUAGAAAGAAAGGUUGUAAGUUUUAUGAGAAAUUAUGCUCUGUCUAUUGUGAUACUACUACAACUGGUUCCAAUGCUCAUUAUUCAACUCAAAGUCCUUCUAAUGAUGGAGAUAAUGAUGAUGACGAUGCAACGUCGAUAAGUCCUUCUACUAGGAAUGAAGAAAGUGGUUUUGAUUAG